UUUUUUUUUUUUUUUUUACUUUAUUUUAACAGAUUCAAUUUAUAUAUUAAUGGUUGCUGAAAAUAAUGAACAAGACCAUUUUAGUGGUUAUGAACAAGACUUUUAUAGUUUACAAACUAAUUUUAAUAAAACUAUUGAUACCAUUACUACUACUUCAACUGCAGACAAAAGAAAAACUAUUAUCAAUACUGCUGAAAGAGAACUAAGUGAAGCUAAUGAUAUUAUUGGUCAAAUGGAAAGGGAACUUAUCAACGCCCCAACACCAUCUCGUGUAAGAUUACAAGCAAGACUCCGGUUAUUAAAAUCUGAAGGGGAAAAGAUGAAACGAGAUUUGCGACGUGCAUCACUUUCUCCUUUGAUAAAUCAAGAUCGGGAAGAUUUAUUACUUAAUAUGAACCCAGAAUCAGAUUUGGAUGCUUCUACAAUUGAUCAACGUCAACGAUUGUUAAAUGGUACCGAAAGAUUGGGUGAAUCUAGUCGACGCUUGGAAGGAAGUCAUCGUCUUGCUUUAGAAACUGAAAAUAUUGGUGUCAAUAUUUUAAGUACUUUGAAAGGACAACGUGAAACUUUAUUACGAACAAGAGAUACUUUGGGUGAAGCUGAUUCUUAUAUUGACAAAUCAUCAAGAACUUUAAAAGUCAUGGCUCGUCGUAUGGCAACCAAUAAGAUUAUUAUUGGUAUUAUCAUUUUAGUUUUAGUAGCUUUGAUUGUAUUGAUAGUAUGGAGUAAAUUGUUUUGAUUGAUUAUUAUUGUGAAUAAAUAAAUAAAAAAAAAAAGAUACUUUAUACCAUGUGAAA